AUGUCUACUGAACCCAAGGUUAAAUCAGCUUACGAAGUUUCUGCUCAAGCCUCUGACAUUGAGUCUUUGAACUUCUCAGAGUUCUCCAAAGAAGACAUUGAAGAGGCAAAUGAAAUCUUUCAUCAUGAAAAUCGGCUCAGUUCAAAGUUGAAUGCCAGACUUAUCUCCAUGAUUGCGUUGGUUGCAGUUAUUGGAACCGGUUUGUUUCUUUCUAGUGGUGGUACAUUGCACACCACCGGGCCGGUCGGCAUGCUUAUCUCGUAUGUCUUUGUAGGGACUGUUGUUGCUGCGUCUCAGAUCUGUAUUGCCGAAGUGUCAUGUUUGUACCCUGCUACGUCCUCGUAUGUUGCCCAUGCUGAACAUUUUGUGGAUAAAGCAUUGGGGUUCUCCAUGGGUGUGAUUGAUAUUUAUUCCGCAGUCAUUCCAAGCGAGCUUGCUGCUGUUUCCGUUAUCAUGACGUAUUGGUCAGACAUAAACCCGGCAUUGUGGAUUUCCAUAUUUGGUGUUGUCAUUGUCGCCAUCAACUGCUACAAUGUGAAGUGGUACGGAGAAGUUGAGUUUGCAUUUGGCGUGCUCAAGAUUUUACUCUGUCUUGGAUUGAUCUUGGUUGGAUUGAUCAUUGACUUGGGUGGAGUGCCAGGCCAACAAAGACUUGGGUUUCAUUACUGGAAGCACCCGGGCCCAUUUGCUGCCAAAUAUGCUACUGGAUCGUUGGGCAAAUUCUUGGGAUUUUGGAAAUCAGUCAAUUCAGUGGUGUAUGCGUUUGGUAGUAUUCAAUCAAUCUCAAUGUUAGCGGGAGAAACAGAGUACCCGAGAAGGGCAAUCUACCGUGCUGCAAAAAGAGUGUUUUACAGAGUCUUUACAUUGUACAUCUUGAUGGUGUUCAUCUUAUCCAUGAUUGUGCCUUACAGUGACCCAAUCAUUUCCAAACCAAGUGGAACUGCAUCAGCAUCCCCUUGGGUUAGAGCAAUCUCGUUGGCAGGAAUCCGAGUGUUGCCGCAUAUCAUCAACGCAGUGGUGUUGACCUCAGCCUUAUCAGCAGCCAACCUUGGUGUUAUCAAAGCUAGUCGUACGUUGUACGCCUUGGCAUCAAAGAGACAACUACCAAAGCUUUUCCUCAAGGUGAAUAGGCAUGGGUUGCCCUAUAUUGGCGUUGCUUUUGCGUCCUGCUUCCUCCCAUUGGCAUACCUAAGCGUGGACUCGUCAUCAGCCACCGUUUUUUCCUGGUUCCAAAAUAUAUCGUCCUCAGCAAUUCUUUUCAAUUGGAUAGUGAUUGCAGCCAAUCACAUUGCACUCCACCGGUCAUUAAAAGAGCAAGGUUACACCAGGAAGGACUUGCCAUACACCUUCAUUGGCGGAAGAUACGCAGGUUUCUACUCUCUUUUCUUUUCAACCAUAUUUUUGUUGACAGGUGGGUUCCCUGUUUUCAUUCACGGAUUCUGGGACUUUGCUACAUUUUUUAGCGCAUACUUUGUGAUUCCUUUAGGAUUGGUGUUGUAUGUCGGUGCAAAGAUCCUAUUCAAGACAAGGUAUAUCAGACCAAGUGAGGCAAAGUUGAAGCCAUUGUUUUACGACGUGCAGAAUAGACCUGAACCUAGUUUUCCAAAGUUGAAAGGGUGGCGUUGGCUUACUGCAUUGUGGGCAUAA